AUGGCGGCGCUGCGAUGCGCGCCGUGCGGCUGGAGGCGAGUCUUGGCGGCGGGGGUGCUGAUGGCGCUCGCGCUGGUUGCGCUCGAUAUCGCGACCGACUAUGACGAGGACGACGAUGCGGGCUUGCGACCACGCGGCAUGCUAUUUGAUGAGCUGGAUGAUGACGGCCCGGAUGAUCUCUGGACUUCUCAAUCGUUCUCCUCGCCCACUCUCCUCGCUCAUUCUCGUCCCACCACCGCCGCCCAUGCCCAUGCGCCGCGCGCGUCGCAGGGCGAGCUGGGCGAGAGGGUGCACGCGGUGUGCGCGGCGUCCGCCAUGACGGCGCUGAGCUCGCUGCUCACGCUCGCCGUCUGGCCGGCCGACCGCCACAUGCCGCACGUCCGCUUCUCCCACCUCUUCUCCCUCACGCCGCCCGCGCCCGCCUCCUUUUCUGCCGACACCCCUGCCACGCCUGUUGCCAACGUCACGGCGGGGGCUGGCGGGGGGGCGAGAGGGGAGAGGAAGAGUGCGUUCGUGGGCGGGCCGGAGCGGCGAGUGUGGGUGCGGGAGUCAGCGCUGCCUGCUGCGGCGUGGAGGAGCGGGCUCAACCUUGCCAGGCGCACGGUACACCUCCUUGCCGUUGCCGCCACCCCUCUCCCCUUUCACACUCAUCCUCGCACCUCACUCACCCCUCCUCACCCCUCACCCACCCCUCGUCUCCCCGCAGUCACUUACCCCUCCUCCACGCGUGCAUGCCUGCGUCCCACCGGCCAGCCUCGUCCACUUCACCUCUCUGCGUCCUCACAUCUCAUCUUUCCCUCGUGGUGA